AUGGCUAUGAUUCCUAUCAUAGUACUAGCAUUAUCUCUGGUUUCUGCAUCACAUAUGGGUGAGGCAGAAAAACUUGUGCCUUCUCCUUUCGCUGUUUGUUUGCCUGUAUUUGAAUACUUUCCCGAUUGCUUGGAAUUCCUUGUGGGGGAUCCAAAUUUUCAUUGGCCCCCAACAAGAUGCUGCAAAAAUGUGGUUGUGCUUAACAAGUUAGCCCGUUACGCGACAGGCCCCAGAAUCAUCUGUUGGUGCAUUGAGGUCAUGGUUAAGGGAAUGACACCACCAUUAAUUCAUCUGUAUAUAGAUGGAAGGCAAAUGAAAUUCAACUUAAAGAGACACAAGAAACCAAAACUCCAACCUUUUCUUCUCUCUUUCCUCCCCCCAUUCCACAUUUUCCCCAAAUUCCCAUCCAGAUUCGUCUUCCUUCCACGCCACACACUCUCCAUGAAGAAGUCCGGCCUCCUCGCUGCCUCCGUUGCCGCCGCAUCCGCCACCGCGGCCUCCCUUUCCUCCUCCUCCUCCCAUCAGGAUGAGAGCAGAACCCGCGACAACGCUUCGUCGCAGAGUUCUUCUUCUUCGACGGAGAAAUUCGCUCCCAGAUUUGAUGGCUUGCGUUUCAUUGAAACCCUCGUAACUGCCCAUAGAUGA